AAAGGCGCGCAGGGCGAAGUGUAGAACGAGAAAUGAAAACGUUCGAAAACUGACAAACGAAAUUCCACUUUGCUCGAGAACGAGAGAAUUUCUUCUUUUUCCCGUUCUUUAACUGUACGAUAUAAUAGUAAUAGAGGCAGCUAAUGAAAGCGAACUAUAAAUAGGUGUUUCAUAUCCUGUAUAAUUUCGAAGCGAAAUAGAGCGGAUACAUAAUAGGUUAUACUGUACGAAAACUGUACGUGCACAGUGAAUAAGUUAUCGCAUUCGAAGUGAUUAAACUCAAGAGUGACGUAUAGAUUGUCGCUUAUCGAAGUGCGAAAUUAGUUAUCCUUUAGGAUGGAUCCAUCUUCGUGCGAUUCGUCAGUGGAAAUAAAAAUAGAAAAUGAGGACGACGAACUGUUCGACACAAUUAUAUGUAUGAAUAAUAAAGACAUCUUCGAAUCGAAACAGAAUGGUACGAAAAAAGAAGAUGAUUUAGACAAUAAUACUUGGGAUGAAGAUGUAAUAAAUGCAAAAGUUUACGAGAACGCGCAAAACUAUGAAGACUGGAAUGCACAAAGUGACGAUACUCGAACGGAGCAUAAAAAAAGUGAGAACAACAUUAGGUAUAUAGAGUACAAAGAUAAUGUAAAGAAUAAGCCGGAGAAUUCGCAUAUGCUGCGCAAGAGAGCGAGGCAAGACAGUAUGGAUAAUGAGGAUGCUAAGGUAUCUCGUCCCAGACGUUACUCUACUGACUCGAGCUCGACCACGAAUUCGUCAGAGAGUGGUAAAAAGCACAUAGAGUUCGAGACAGAUCCAAUUGUAUUAGCGCGCAGGCAAAAGGAAAUAGAUUAUGGCAAAAACACUAUCGGAUACGACAGAUACAUUCAGCUGGUCCCUAAAGAGAAUCGUACACGGGAACAUCCAAGGACACCACCAAAAUAUAUAAAAUACAGCAGGAGAGGCUGGGAUGGUAUGGUGAAAUUGUGGCGAAAACAACUACACUCUUGGGAUCCUCCUCAAGAGAAUGACAAGGCUGAUUAAAACACUAAAGUCAUUUCAAUAAAAUACUGCCAAUCAUUUCUUUAAUUUAUAUUGCAAUUGCGUUAUUUUUUUUAAUUUGCUUAUGCUGUUUGUUCAGCACAUAUCGCUUCUAGAGUGUUUAAAACAACUUACAAUAUAUUUUUUGUGUUAAUAUAAAUAAUUAUAUAAUAAUUAAAUAAUGUAGAAAUUAUACAAAACAAUAUUUUUAUGUUUCCAUUUACAUAUGUGAUUUUGUUUCAUAGCAUUUUGAUAUUGUAUAUCAAUAAUAUAUGUAUAUUAAUGUCUUUUGGAGCAGUGUUUACAAAUUUCCAUCGCCACAUGAAUAAGUUGAAUUCAUACCAAUAUCAUAUAUGAAUUAUACAAAUUAGAAAUAUUUGCCAA